GAUGCCGAUGCCACCUGCAACAUCUUUGUUGGCCGACUGAGCUGGAACGUCGACGACGAGUGGCUGCAGUCUGAGUUCCAAGAGUUCGGUGAGAUCACCCGUGCCAAGGUCAUGACCGACCGUGACACCGGCAAGUCCAAGGGAUUCGGAUACGUCGAGUUCACCACUCCCGAGGCCGCAAAGGCCGCCCUCUCGGCCAAGGACCGCGAGGUGGAUGGCCGCCCCAUCAACGUUGACCUGAGCCAACCCCGCCAGCCCCGCGACGUCAACGACGCUCGUGCCAAGAAGUUCAAUGACAAGCGCUCCGACCCCUCGCCCAUUCUUUGGGCCGGUGGUCUGGCUUUCUCUCUGACCGAGGACGACCUCUGGGAGGCCUUUGGCGCUUACGGAGAGGUGUCGAGGGUGACUCUGCCCAAGGACUUUGAGACUGGUAGGCCCAAGGGAUUCGCCUACAUCGAGUACAGCGCACAGGACUCUGCCGACAAGGCCAUCGAGGGUCUGGCUGGCCAGGAGCUCGGCGGCCGAGCCGUCCGUCUGGACUAUGCUCCACCCCGUGACCAGAACGGU